GUCGAUGGUGCUGCGGAGUUGAAGGAGGAGGGGGAGGAACAGCCAAAAAAAAAAAAGAGAAAAAAAAACCCGGGGAAAGAUCAGAAAGUUAGCAGUAUUAAGACAAGUAACGCCCCGACUAAAUAUCGACUCCCGGGAGGACCUCGUUUUGACGCUUUUCAGUUGCUGUGCUGUUCGAGCCUUCGGUGAGUGUUCCUUUCCCCUCGGCUGACGAAGGGCGGGGCAGGUUUCGCCCUACAUACUAAGGGUAACCUAGAGCAGCAGCAAUGUCUGGCUCCUACGAUGACUCCAUGAUUGAUGUCUCCAGUGACAGCUUCUGGGAGGUGGGGAACUACAAACGGACCGUGAAGCGGGUGGAUGAUGGGCACCGUCUCUGUAACGACCUGAUGAGCUGUCUCCAUGAGCGAGCUCGCAUUGAGAAAUCCUACGCACAGCAGCUCACAGAGUGGGCCAAGCGGUGGCGGCAGCUCAUUGAGAAAGGCCCACAAUAUGGUACAUUGGAGCGGGCGUGGGGCGCUCUGUGCACAGAAGCUGAGAAGGUCAGCGAGCUGCACAUGGAGGUGAAGGCAGCGCUGAUGGGAGAGGACUAUGAGAGGCUGAAGAAUUGGCAGAAGGACGCCUACCACAAACAGAUGAUUGGCGGCUUCAAAGAGACCAAGGAGGCUGAGGAUGGCUUCCGCAAGGCCCAGAAACCCUGGGCCAAGAAACUCAAAGAGGUAGAGACGAUGAAGAAGACAUACCACUCGGCCUGUAAAGAAGAGAAGUUGGCCACCAGCAGGGAGACCAACAGCAAGCUGGAAAGCAACAACAAUCCCGAAGCCCUGAAAAAACUGCAGGACAAGGUGGAGAAGUGUCAGCAGGAGAUGCAGAAGACCAAGGAACGCUAUGAGAAGUCCCUGGAAGAGCUGGACAAGGUGACCCCACAGUACAUGGAGAACAUGGAGCAGGUGUUUGAGCAGUGGCAACAGUUUGAAGACAAACGCAUUCGCUUUUUCAGAGAGCUUCUGCUGGAGGCCAAACAGCACCUCGACCUCUCCACCAAUCACAGAUUCCAGACGAUCUAUCACACAUUGGAAGACACCGUCUCUGCUGCUGAUGCUGAGGAUGACCUCAAAUGGUUCCGCUCCAAUCACGGACCUGGCAUGCCCAUGAACUGGCCUCAGUUUGAGGACUGGUCCAUAGACCUGAAUCGGACACUUAGCAGAAGAGACAAGAAGAAACCCAUAGAUGGCGUCACACUGACCGGUAUCAGUCAGACGGGAUCGGAUCAACCAAUCCAACCUGCCAAGACAAGCAGCAGCUUGACCGUGCCCACUAAAACCACACCAGUGGGCUCUAACCCCUUUGAGGAAGAAGAGGAUGAGGAGGAAGAGGAGGUGACCACUGAGGAGCAGACCACUGUCAACCACAUCAAUGUGAUUAAAGAGGAAGUGAAAACUGCCAGCAGCAUGGAGAAGACUCAAGAUUGGUCAGAUGAGGACACGGGGGCCAACCCUUUCUCCACCAAUGGUGAUGGCAAUCCCUUUGAGGACGAACCAGCAUCCCCAGUGAUAUCUGUGCCUGUUCGAGCCCUCUAUGACUAUGAGGGACAAGAGCAGGAUGAGCUCACCUUCAAAGCAGGGGACGAGUUCACCAAGAUAGGUGAGGAAGAUGACCAGGGCUGGUGCAAAGGUCGACUCAAGGACGGACGCACGGGCCUCUACCCUGCCAACUACGUGGAGGACAUCCAGUAAUAAUCUAACAAACAAGCAGGGAAAAAAAAGAAGAGAGUAUAGGAAAGUGGGGCAAUUGCGAAUAGGAAGGGAAGGGUUGGCCUUAUUUUCAAUCCUUUUCCACCUGUGUCCCAAUGCUGGCAAAGACUGAACUUGAAUGUGGAAGGGACGGGUAAUAGAGGUUGAAGGAUAGUAAAGGACGGUCCCAUGUGUUGUCUCUUGCUAUCUAUAGGCUGACCCGCAGAUAUCACCCACAUCCACUGGGCCCUGCAUUCAAACUACCCACAUCCAGUCGAUCUCAGGCAGGGAGGAUUCUCAGAUAGAUUUUGCAGUAAGAUAACUAAUAUUACUCAGAGCUACAGGUGUCAGAGUCUCCUUUUUUCUGUUACAAAAAGAAAAGCUUUUAAAGUUAUGUCUUAAAUUUAAAAAAACAAAACAAAACUGGUAUGACAGUCUGACAAAUCAUCUAGCAACAUUAGCUCACCUGCAUCAGAAAUAUGAAACCUAGGAGGUCCUCUUUUUAAUCACAUGGUAUCAGCUCUAAAGUUUGUAUCAUACCGUUUUUCUACUGAUUAUUGGAAUAGAAUUAAAAAUAUAUAUAUUGAUCUUUAUUUUGAAGAAGAAAAAAAAUCCCCAGUAUUUGGUGAAAUUUUUGUCAGAUAGUUAAGUCUUUUAUUCCUUUUUGGAGACCAUUACAGCCUUAUCCUUAUACAGUCUUUGUUCAAAAUGGUUCGGUUGCCUCCUGUCAUUGCAGUUGAUUGUACACUCACUGAUUGUAUUAGCUCACCAAUUGAUUGUACACUUUUUUUGUUGUUGCUUGUGUUGGUUUUAAACACUGUACAACUCUCCUAGAGCAAUUGCGCUUAAAUCUUCUCUUUCAAAUCACUUCAACUCCUAUAGCAUUUCGAUUUGUAUAUUUAUGACUUGCCCCCUCCCCGUUUUCUUUUUUUUAACUAUGAAUGUUUUCUUUCGAAGAGGUAUUUCAUUUGAAGCUCCUUGUCUUCACUCUUGCACUGGAUGUCAAAUGCCAAGUCAUGGGAGGAUAUUAUAGUACAUUUGGGGGGGUUAUAACUUCAGCAAUAAAACCACAGCUAAAUACGGUAUUUCACGAGUCUGCAAUGUCAAAGGCAAUUUCCCUUGCAUGUAAAUAGCAUAGAACUGAUUAAAAAAAAAUUAAGAUCUGAUGAUACUGAGUUGAAAAAUUGAAGACUGUUAAUUUAUGAUAUGCCGUAAGUGCUUUUGUUCUACUCCUGUUGGAAUGCUGUGAUUGGAAAAUCAAGUUUGUAAAAUAAGUGAAUGUUUUAUGGUGAAUGCCCCAUGAAAUUAUUUUGUUAUAUUUGUAAAUAUAAUUUUUCUCAUCUACACAGGGCCAUACUCACUAUGGAGAUAAUCAACAAUGUUAUAUGACUAAUUGGCACCCGUUUUUUUUCCUCUUAAAUUUCCUCUCAGAAGCCACGGCUGAAUUAAGCCUGUGUUUGUGACUCGUAUGUACCACAUUAGUCCGCCAUCCGGUUCGUUUGCCUUGUUAGAGAGUUGAAUUGCAGGCCGUUUCAUAUGUGUAGGUUCUAGAGCCAUUUACUAAUAUCAUACGUAAAAUUGGAAAUAUGCCUUUAACUGCAUCAAGAGAUGACGAAUUUGGUCGCUUGUUCUAUAUAGUGAGGAAAGAGGUUUUAUCAUAUUUUCAGGGCACGCUGUCUUCAGAAAACAGCAAAAGCUAUACUUGCACAGUUCAGUUUGUAAAUGUUGUCCUACAACAUAAUAAAUGAAUUUAACU